GUUUUCGUGUCGCAGUUUGAUUUGUGAUUUUUCAGAUCAUUUGAGGUCUGAUCCGGGUCAUUUCGUUUCCCACAGAGAAGCACCAGCAGCGGGAUGGACUGUCGAGCUAACAUCGAUCUGUUCUUUCUGCCAGAUGAGACGUUGGACUUCGAUGUUUCUCUGUCACCUGCCAGCUUUAAAGGUGACGAAGAUGAGGAUGAGGUUUUCCUGGGUCCAGUUAGCCAUAAAGAGAGGUGUGCUUUGGUGAACGUGGCGUCUCGUCUCGAGGAGCGAGACAGUGGUGUGCAGGCGAGCCUGAGCCCGCUGACUGAAGAUCAGCUAGAGUCUGUGUGUCAGGAAGCACUCAAACUAGCCACCCAGCUGCAGAACAGUGAGCUGAGCCAGCCGCAUCGUGAGUUUGGCGAGACCACCAAGAUGACCACAAACAACAACACCACCACCCACAGAGAGGAGUUCGUCCAGGACAAAGUGGCCAAACUGAACAUGCUCGGUCAAACUGCUAGUGCACUCAGCCCCAUUAAACGCCAGACCUUCUGCGUGCAGGACAGUCCCAUGAAGGAGCUGCCCCCUGCUGUCCAGCGCCGCCUGCUGAGGGGAAGUGGCGCCAACAUAGCCCAUAGUGUUCCCACCAACAAACCAUCAUCCACCCGCCACACCUCCAUCAAUGCGGCUUUAUCCAACCGCCUUUCCUCUACUGCAUCAUCAAAGCGCCUUUCCUGUACAGCAUCAUCCACUCGUCCAACUACGAGACUCAGCACAUCCAGCCCUGUCGCUGUGGCAAAGGCUCAGCCAAGGAUGGCGCUGCGAGGAAAGGUUGCAAUGGGAGUUGGUGUCGUGCUGCCAAGCAAACCAGCUGCCCCACCAUCUUCCUGUUCAGCCAGCAAGAGCAGAGUGGAGAAGGCCAGACUACAACCACCGAGCAAAGUGGUGGGGGGUCGAAGACGGAGCCCGUCCUCUCAUCCUUCCAGCAGGGCGGAGUCUUACGAGGAUCUGCUCUCCGAUUCGGCGAGCAUGGCCUCUGACCUCAGUGACUCAUCCCUCAACUCCAGCCUGCUGGGAAAACGCAUGCUGGCUCCGCCCACCAAGAAUGUUGGGAGGAAGUUGUCAGGAGUGAAAGCUCCACCACUUCAGAACAGGAGGGUGGCAGACAGGAAGAACACGUCGUCAUCCUCGUCCUCAGUGUCCAGCUUCAACUCCAGUUUGUCUGUGUCCCCGACUAAAGGUAAACUGAACUCAUCUCUGAAUCGGAGUCUAAGCAGCACCACUGGCCCUGCUCCCUCCAGCAUCAACAGACUGGCAAAUCACAGCAAAGCACGCCGUUCCACUGUCUAUGCCGUCGCAGAUCCAACAUCCUCCACCACUGGAGGCAGGCGCUCGCUGUCCACGCAGGCUAGGAAGCUGUCUGAGGUGGAGCCCUUCAAAGCAACCAGGUCCACGUCACUGAAGAGAGCUGAGGCCACGCCCCUCCAGCUGACACCAGCCAAGAGAAUUUUGCAGAGAACCGUCUCUGUCCCCCCCACCGCAUUUGUCCGCCCGCAGAGUGGAUUGAAAGUCAAACCUGAGGCUCAAAUACUACCAACGCCCAGCGGAGGAGUGAGAGGAGACCACCACGGAGAUGGGCUCCCAAAGAUGCUGAGGCCAAAGAGAAUGGUGUCAGCGAGCAGCAUGGAAAGUCUUCCUCAGAAGCUUACUGUAGGUCCUCUGACACCCUGUCCUGGGGGAAGCAAGUCUGUGCAGAUGAAGGCGCGCCGUCCCUCUGCCCUUCCCACCCCACUGAGGCACAGAAUGUCUUCUAUUCCCACGCCCACCAAGACCCGGCCUGCCAGGCCACCGCCCACCUCUGAUACCGACACCGCCCCCAGCGCUGACGGGAUGGAAAGUAGCUGCAGCCCCGACCCUGAAAAUGUACAGGAAGAGGAGCCUGUUGAUGCCCUGGAUAUUCAGCCCUUCUCUCUGGAGGAGGAACAGCCCCCUGAUGGCCCUCCCUGCAGCGCUCCACAGCCUGAACAGUCAGAGAGCACGGAGCCUGACGCACCGAGUCAGGUCCAAUCAGAGCCCAUUCAAAACCUGAUCGAACUGGGGACUUCAGAGGAAAGCAACAGCAAGGCAGAGGAGAUUCUCCUGAUGGAUCUUCCAGCUCCAACUCUGCAGCCUCAAGAGAAACUGCUCAUCGACCUAAACAACACCCCCGACUUGAUCCGGACCAAUGGCAAGAGUUGCACCACAACUCAGCUGAUCGACCUGAGCUCUCCGCUCAUCAGGUGGAGUCCAGAAGACAAGAAGGAGAACAACGCUCCGCUCAUCAACCUCUCCUUCUGAUCCACAUCCUCCUGAACACGUGGACCUGCUGGCCUCUGCAGUAAACUGGACUCAUCAGGUUUCUGUCUCCAGAAACUCUGAUGAUGACCCAGUUCAGACGACAGAGUUUUGAAUGAUUGAAAUCUUUACUGAAUUCUGAGUAUUGUGUUUUAAAUUAUGAAAAUAUUCAGAGGAUGCUGAAGUUUUUC